AUGGCCCUGAACGCCCAGCCUGGGGCGACCCCCGUGACCCAUCUGGCUCUGAAGCCCUCUAGGGCAGGGGCAAAUAAUCCUGCCUCCCCUCUCAGGCUGGUCGUCAGCAGGGCCCUGGGGAGUCAUAGGAGGAGGCCUGAUAACGGACUUCCCUUCUUCCUCACCGACCCGAGACGGGCCGUCCUUCCCAGGCUGGACCGGGGGAGCAGGCACUGCCAGAGCCCAGAAGGUGGGGGGCACCCCGGGAUCUCCAAGCACCCAGAGGACCUCCUGCUGAGGAUCAUGGAAGGUGCAGGGGCAGAGACAUCCUCCGGCAGCACCGUGAUCCCAGAGGCCGCCAUGAGGACCACCGCCGGAGCUACUAACUCCAGCAGGGACCAGGAGACUCCCCACCAAAGCCUGGUCAUUCUGGCCCUGGCCAUCUGCCUGUGCGGGCUGCUGGGGAAUGGGGUCAUCAUGUGGUUCCUCUGCUUCUGCAUGAAGUGCACCCCCUUCUCCAUCUACUCCCACAACCUGGCCAUUGCCGACUUUCUCCUCCUCUUCAGUACGAUGCUCCUCUUUAUUCUCGAGAGGCCCGAGUUGGCUCUCUGGCCCCAGAGUGUUGCUAAAGUGUUUGAGAGCAUCAGAUAUUUUGCUUACGUGCUCGGGCUGAGCCUCCUGACGGCCAUCAGCGUCCAGCGCUGUGUGUCCGUGGUCUUCCCCGCGUGGUAUCGGCGUCACCAACCAAAGCGCUUGUCUGCCCUUGUGUGUGCUGGGCUCUGGGCUCUGGCCACCCUAGAGACAACGGCGGCCGCUUAUUUCUGUAUCCUGCCAACAAAGGAGGAUUUGUGUCCCGGGGUAGCCUGGGCCUCCGUGCUCUUGACUUUGGGGGGCUUCACUCCAGUGAUGUGUGUGUCCAGCGUGACUCUGUUUAUCAAAGUCCAGAGGAGCCUGCCGCCCCGCAAGCCGGCCACCCCCUACAGCAUCCCUCUGGUCACUGUCCUGGUGUACUUGGUCUGUGCCCUGCCCCUCGCCCUCUACUGGUUCUUCUUUAAAUGGUACCUGUGGGACGAGAGGCGGAAACAAGUUUUCUACAAUGUGGCCAGAUUCUUCUCUUGUGUCAAUAGCACAGUCAAUCCUUUCCUCUACUUCCUGGUUGGAAAUAAGGAAGCAGAAACUCUGCCAACCCCUUUGGGGACCACUUCAAAGGGUCCUGGAGAGAGAGAAAAGACCCCCAGGGUGGGGGGAGAAAGUGGGGCUAAAGGGACCAUUGGCCAGCUCUCCGGAGGAGCUGCCUAG